UCUGGCUUUCUUUGUCAAACGUCAAAAAAUGGGUACUGUGAUUUUGUAUGUAUCAUUACAAGUGUGUAUUGGCUUUGUUGACUGAAAGAAAAGAAAUAAAAAUCUGCAUUUAGGAUGGCUGGUAAUUUUUGGCAAAGUUCUCAUCACCAGCAAUGGAUUUUGGAUAAGCAAGAUCUCAUCCGUGAAAGGCAACAUGAUCUAAAAUCAUUAACCGAGGAGGAAUAUCAGAAAGUUUUUAUGUUUUUUGCCAACGUUAUACAAGUUUUGGGAGAGCAACUCAAAUUACGCCAGCAAGUUAUUGCCACUGCCACUGUUUAUUUCAAACGGUUUUAUGCUAGGAACUCUUUGAAGUGUAUUGAUCCAUUACUUCUAGCUCCUACUUGCAUUCUUCUUGCAUCAAAAGUGGAGGAGUUUGGGGUUAUCUCAAAUUCCAGAUUGAUAACUACAUGUCAAACAGUAAUUAAAAACAAAUUCAGCUACGCUUAUCAACAAGAAUUUCCGUAUAGAACAAACCAUAUACUAGAAUGUGAGUUUUAUCUAUUGGAAAAUCUAGACUGCUGCUUAAUUGUGUAUCAACCAUAUCGGCCUUUGUUGCAACUAAUUCAGGAUAUUGGACAAGAGGAGCAAUUACUUACACUAACUUGGCGUUUAAUAAAUGAUUCCUUGCGAACAGAUGUAAGCUUGCUGUAUCCUCCAUACCAGAUUGCUCUAGGUUGCCUUCAAAUUGCGUGUGUUAUUCUACAAAAGGAACUAAAAGCGUGGUUUGCCGAAUUAAAUGUCGAUUUGGAAAAGGUUCAGGAAAUAGCUCGAUCGAUUCUGAAUUUGUUUGAGCUAUGGAAAAGCUACGAUGAAAAAGAAAUACAAAGUUUGCUUGAAAAGAUGCCAAAGCCAAAACCGGCCCCUCAACGGUGAUCAAGUGAAACAUAUUGCAGGAUAAUAUUUGUCUGCCUAAGAACUUCAAAAAUAAGUUUUGAAAUUACUUUCAAUAAAACUUGCAAGACAGGUAUAUUGUAGGUAUGGAGUUACUCUCAAUCAUCUAUCAUUUUUAUAUUAAGAUCGAAAUUAUUACUGAAAUUCUGUUCUGCAUGUAAUUGUUUACUCAUUUGCAGAUAUCCUGAAAAGAAAAAAAUAUAUAAACGAUGAUAAAACA